UUUAUGAAUCUCCCAUGUCAAGCGUAAGGCAUCCUAGCUAAGAUGAUAUGUGAUACAGAUAGCCCCUCGACAACACAGAGCAGACAGAGGGCUGUACCCAGGCAGCAUUCUGACACAGGACCGUCCGGGGUGUUAGCAGCUUAACGCCUAUCUUGGGCCUCAGUAGUUAUUCUAUCGCCAUGGUUUCCCCCUUGGUACUUGUCCCUAUCAUCGCAUGCCUGAUUUUAGGAACAUUAACGAUUCCGUCUAAAGCCGAGGAGAAUGCCGAGGACCCCUGCAGUAAGCGUGUCUGCAUGUGGGGGGAGAUGUGCCGGGCGGACAGUUCAGGCUUUACCUACUGCGAGUGUCCAGUUUCAUGUCCGAACACUUACGAGCCGGUCUGCUCUGUGUAUGGAAUCCAAUUCCCCAAUAAAUGUGAACUGCACAUGUUCGCAUGUAUCGAGGGCGUCAACAUCGGGGUCAAGAAUAAGGGGCCAUGUGUAAACAAGACAGGAGGAUCUGAUCCCGAGCCAGAUGCGCGGACACUUGUUUGUCCGGGUAUAGACCACAUGUCCCAAUUCCGAGACCGCUACUUGGAAUGGGCCCACGUCGCCAAGGAGCAGACAAAAGACCAGAACUACACGCUAACAAGACGCAUCCACGACAUGACCAUGCGACAAAAAGUAGCUAUUGCCAAGUGGGAAUUCGACAGAAAUGACCUCGAUAAGGACAAUGCUCUCGAAGGGGCUGAGAUCGACAACAUACUAGCUAUGAUGAUAUACGAACCCUGUGCCGCGGGUUUCCUGUGGUCAUGUGACUUGAACCGGAAGCAAGGGAUCAGUCGGAGUGAGUGGGACAUGUGCUUCACCUUAGCAGAACGAGAGUUUCCACUGCGCCGUCAGCACAAGUGAAUCUUUGCAUCUCUGCAACAGCGUCGAAAAUCUACUUCCUUUGCUUUGACAGGCGAAGCUAACUCAAUUUGGGAAUAAAUUUACGAAUUUCAGGCGCACCUAUUUUACUCUCAUUAAUUAUUUUUAUUUUUAUGCAAAAAGAAAAAACAAUUACGAAUAAAUCAAAAUAAAAUCAUUUGUUAAUAAUGUACAAGUUUGAUUUAAUUUACAUUUUUAUCGCAUUUAUCUAAUGAACUAUACGCUUGAAUCUACAUCCGUCUAUAAUACAUUAAAAUAAAUACCGUUUUGAUAAUAAAAUAAUGUAAUCUUA